ACCUGAUUCCACCAAUGAAAGGUUUGAUGAAUUGAUUCAAGGGAAUCAGAUGUAUAGUGCGAAGGCAAACAUUAAAAUGAGCACCUCUUCGGACCAGUACCAGGACCAAGAACCACUGUUUGACUCAUUGAGAGUAUACAGUUUUAGUUGUUCUACUCUAAUCUAAUAUAGGUUUCACCCUGAGGAGGAGUUACAACGAGCUGGGCCUGCUCAUCCUCUUCCUGGCCAUGGGCAUUAUGAUCUUCUCCAGCCUCGUCUUCUUCGCCGAGAAGGACGAAGACGCCACCAAGUUCACCAGCAUCCCCGCCUCCUUCUGGUGGGCCACUAUCACUAUGACUACGGUGGGUUACGGUGACAUCUACCCUCAGACUCUGCUGGGUAAGAUAGUCGGGGGUCUCUGCUGUAUCGCCGGGGUGUUGGUGAUCGCUCUGCCCAUCCCCAUUAUAGUCAACAAUUUCUCUGAGUUCUACAAGGAGCAGAAGAGGCAGGAGAAGGCCAUAAAGAGGCGGGAGGCCCUGGAGAGAGCCAAGAGAAACGGUAGUAUCGUCUCCAUGAACCUGAAGGAUGCGUUCGCCCGGAGUAUGGAGCUGAUGGAUGUAGUCGUGGAGAAAGGAGGAGAGGACAAGCUCUGUGUGGGCCUGGGCAACCACCUGUCCCCCAGCUGCUGGGCCAGCACACCCAAAUGCGCCGCCUCUGACACCAGUCUUCAUUCCCUGGAUAAGACGUUCCCCGAAUCCAUCCUCCUGGGAUCCACCCACCGCAUCACCAUCACCACCAGCAGCAGCCCCCAGCGGCGGCAUCUCGGUAGCCCUCAGUUCAGAGGCGGUAUCCCCGAAUUCAGAGGCGGUACCUCUCAGCUUCUUAACGUUCAGAACCUAGAGUCCAUGUACAACGAGAUGGCCAGGUCUCAGUCCUUCACCAACCUCAACACUUCCUGCUCCCUGAGCACCGUGAGCACCUCAACCGCCUUCACUGCCACGACAUCCCCGGAGUUGCAGCAGCACCCGGGGUCCCCUCCUGCGCCGACCCCGACCCCGACCCCGACCCCGACCCCGACCUUACAGAUAGUAGAACUGGAGAUGCAGGAAGUCCUGCGCUCUUCUUCGUCUUCGACGGAGCUGAAGGAAGGUGACGGAAGACAGAGCCCGCCGAGCGUGGAUAGCAUCGCCACCUGCAGGGACGAGUUUGGGGAGGGUUCUGGAAGGAAGUUCCCUCCGACUCUGGAUCUCCUCCCAGAGUCGAGUGUCGAUGAUGUCCAAAGCCCACACGAUACCACCCUCCUCAAAGACAGGAUGUAUGGGUUUGUUCCCUAUGACCAAGAUGGUGCCACAAAGUCCACCAGAGACGACGCAGAGAGCUUCAACAGAACUGUUGAGAACAUCCGGAAUUCCCUGAGAGGCAGCAUCAACCCUGUCGUCAAGGGAACCAAAGGGUUAAAGGUCAUUUUCAUCGAGGGCCCCCCCACCGAAGCCCCCCCGACGCCACCCAGCACCACCUCACCCCAGGACAUCAGCUCCAGCCUCCUGGAGGAUGAGUCCCCUGAGGGGGAGACCACACCGCUCCUCCCCAGCACAGAGGCCCUCGACCUGGGAACAGAAGACGAGAUCUUCCCCCUGUCCCCUGAGAGGCUGAUGGUAGUGGUGGACACCCCGCCAGGGGACGAGGACACCCUGGACCAGAGUCUCGGGGGUCAAGGGUUGACCAACGAGGAGAAGAACCUGACGGAGACCACCGCAGGAGCGGCAGGAGGGGCAUCGGCGGGGAACUGCACCCAGGGUGUGGUGGGGGGAGGGGCAAGUGGGGAGGGUAAGGUCGACAUCAACCAAAGUGGACACCAAGCAGAGAACCACAUGUUCACACCAGAGAUCCCCCUGAUGACCGGGGAAAGCAGUAUGUCCCCAACCUGUGAAACCAGCAUGUGA